UCCGCUAAACAACUCCAUUCUAGCAUCUACUGUGCAGCCUGGGCUACGCUGAGCAUGCAGCGGAGAGCGCAGGAGGACGGGGAGGCGCGGCCCCCGGCUCAGGAGAGCGAGGUGCGCUUCCCGGGGCCUCGGCCCAUGCGCCUGCUGGAAUGGAAAGUCUCCACGGGCGCGUCCGUGCAGAUAGGCUCGGUGCUGGCCUUGGGGCUCCCUAUCCCCGCCGCGGACAGCAGAGAGCAGCGUGGCCCGCAGGAGGAGGCGGGGAGGCCGCCCAGACCCCCCGAGAGGAAAGUCAAGUCGGACCGGGCCGGAGUGGUGCUGGAGCUGUGUGUGAGGCCGGGACAAGUCGUCUGUGCGGGAGGUGUCUUGGUGAGGUUAUCGGGCUGUAACCAUCCUGUGGUGAUGAAAGGCUUGUGUGCAGAAUGUGGUCAGGACUUGACACAGAUACAAAACAAGAAUGGAAAGCAGCAGGUGCCAUUGUCAACAGCUACUGUUUCCAUGGUUCACAGCGUCCCAGAACUCAUGGUCAGCUCAGAGCAAGCAGAACAGCUAGGUCGUGAAGACCAGCAGAGAUUACAUCGAAAUAGGAAACUUGUUCUCAUGGUUGACCUAGACCAGACAUUAAUCCAUACCACAGAACAGCACUGCCAACAUAUGUCUAGAAAGGGCAUUUUCCAUUUCCAGUUAGGGAGAGGAGAACCAAUGCUGCACACCCGCCUGCGUCCUCAUUGUAAAGAGUUUUUGGAGAAGAUUGCUAAGCUGUAUGAGUUGCAUGUUUUCACCUUUGGUAGCAGGCUUUAUGCACAUACUAUCGCAGGGUUUUUAGAUUCUGAGAAGAAACUGUUCUCUCAUCGAAUAUUAUCUAGGGAUGAAUGCAUUGAUCCAUAUUCCAAAACAGGAAAUCUUAGGAAUCUUUUUCCUUGUGGAGACUCUAUGGUUUGCAUUAUAGACGAUCGAGAAGAUGUAUGGAAAUUUGCACCUAAUUUAAUUACAGUUAAAAAAUAUGUCUACUUUCAAGGCACGGGGGAUAUCAACGCCCCUCCUGGUUCCAAGGAGGCACAGAUAAAGAACAGAGUAAGCUGUCCGAAAUCUGGUGCGGUGCAGUCAUCUGAACCAUCUACACAGGACAUACCUGUAGAGGAACAAAGCAAUGGACUUGGGAAAGCCAGGAAGGAACUUAAUGGUGAUCCUCCAAGCAGCAUUCUUAAACAAGAGUCUGACGCUAGUGAUGGAUUACAAGAACAAGACUCUUUGUCAAGUCAACAUACUGGCAGCAUUUCUGGUGGCAAGAAUUCAACACAGUUGACAGAAGUUAAGCCACCUAUUGAUCAGGAUGAAAGGACGGUAGUUUCUAAAUCUCUUUUAAAGACUGGGGCUGCAAAAGACUUGGACUUUGAUCUUUCAAGCGAUAGUGAUAGUGAGACUGAAAACAGGAAACCGCCGUCCCCUCCUUCACCUGGGAAUGAAAAUGAAUGUAAAAGAAGUUGUAGAAAGUCAAAACCGUUAGACCAGGAAUCUGGUGUUGUACAAGAAUCCUGCACACAAGAUUUACCUGAAAAAACAGUGCACUGAAAACCAUAACAGUGAUGAAAGACUGACAUUGGAAACAAAAGAUAAACUGCCUACAGGAGAUGACAAUAUGGAAGUUCAGGGAGUGGACCAAGAUAGCUUUUGUGACUUGGGUAAUGGUUGUACAGACAAGAAAGAGGUAGAAACGGAGUCCCAAAAUAGUGAGCAGUCUGGUAUUACAGUAGGAGAGUCACUAGAUCAGAGUAUGGAAGACGAUGAUGGUGAUAGCGAUGAUGUUGAUGAAGAUGAUCAUUUAAUAUACCUUGAGGAGAUUCUUGUUAGAGUACAUACAGAUUACUAUGCAAAGUAUGAUCGAUUCCUGAAGAAGGAAUUGGAGGAGGCUCCUGAUAUUCGUAAUAUAGUGCCAGAGCUGAAAAGCAAAGUUUUGGAAAACACAGUGAUUGCAUUCAGUGGACUUCAUCCUACAAACUUUCCCAUUGAGAGGACACGGGAAUACUAUCAUGCCAGAGCUUUGGGCUCAAGGAUUAGCAAACAACUGGUUUUAAAUGAAGAUGAACCAAACUGGGUGACACACCUUAUUGCAGGAAGGGCAGGUACUGAAAAAGUUAAGCAAGCUCAGAACUGCAAACAUCUUUAUGUUGUGAACCCAGACUGGCUUUGGAGUUGCCUGGAGCGAUGGGAAAAAGUAGAAGAGCAACUCUUUCCUUUAAAAGAGGAUUACUUAAAGUCUCAGAGAGUUGUUCAGCCCAGUCAAGAACAACUGUUUGAUGAUGAAGAGCUGCCUACAGCAAGUGCAGAGGAGGAACAGUCUGGUCCAGCUCGAAGAAAGCGUCAGCCUAGCAUGUCUGAAACUAUGCCUUUGUAUACACUUUGCAAGGAAGACUUAGAGAGCAUGGACAAGGAAGU